AUGCUGGAAAUAAGAAUCACCCGCCACUGGAUAGUUCCUCUGUUGCUGAUAGGAACUAUGACUGAGGUGGUGGUGUUGACUGAUACCAACGACACCGAGCAGCAGCAGCAGCAGAUUUUUCAGAAUAUAGGAAUCACCCGACACAAGAUUGUAACUGCACAGUUUGAAUGUUACCAAAAACUCAUGAAAGAGAACAACCAGGAGAGAAGAGCAGGUCCGAUGUGUAACCGAACAUGGGACGGGUGGCUGUGCUGGGAUGAUACGGAUGCUGGCAUCACCACUCAACAGCACUGCCCUGAUUACUAUCAGGACUUCGACCCUUCAGAAAUAGUCACAAAGAUCUGCAUGGAUGAUGGCCACUGGUUUGUCCAUCCAGAGAGCAACAGGACGUGGACCAAUUACACCAGGUGUAACGAGCGAGCUAAAGAGGGCAGAAUGACGGCUAUAAACUUGCUGUACUUGGCACUAAUUGGACAUGGAUUGUCUCUGAUCUCACUGUUUAUUUCACUCGGGAUCUUUUUACAUUUUAAAAGCUUGAGCUGUCAGAGGAUCACUCUGCACAAAAACCUCUUCUUAUCCUUCAUCCUCAACUCCAUCAUCACCAUCAUCUGGUUAACUGCUGUUGCCAACAACCAGGAACUUGUGCAGAGGAAUCCGACGAGCUGUAAAGUUUCACAGUUUAUCCACCUCUAUCUGUUUGGGUGUAAUUACUUUUGGAUGCUGUGUGAGGGGAUUUAUCUGCACACGCUCAUCGUCGUCGCUGUGUUCGCAGAGAAGCAGCACUUAAUGUGGUACUAUCUGCUCGGAUGGGGUUUCCCUCUGUUACCGGCUGUUAUCCAUGCCAUCGCCAGAAGUUAUUAUUAUAAUGAUAAUUGCUGGAUUAGUUCGAAUACGUCUCUGCUGUACAUCAUUCAUGGGCCGAUCUGUGCCGCACUGCUGGUGAAUUUGUUUUUUCUGCUGAACAUCGUGCGGGUCCUCAUCACCAAGCUGAAGGUGACGCACCAGGCCGAAUCGAGUCUCUACAUGAAGGCAGUGCGGGCGACUCUUAUUCUCGUCCCACUUCUGGGAAUUCAGUUCGUUCUCCUGCCGUAUAAACCAGGAGGACGUGUCCUUUCUGAGAUCUACGACUAUCUCAUGAACAUAUUAAUGCAUUAUCAGGGACUGCUGGUGGCCACCAUCUUCUGCUUCUUUAAUGGAGAGGUGCAGGGUGUAUUGCGGAGACACUGGAAUCAGUACCGGAUGCAGUUUGGCAGCGCUCGGGCUCAUUCAGAGGCACUCAGGUCCACGUCCUACACGGCUUCAUCAAUCACUGAAGUGCAGGGCUGCUACAGCAUCGAUGGUCACAGUGAACACUUAAACGGCAGGAACUGCCUGGAAAAUGAUAAAUCGGAGUAUUCCUUUAACUGAGGUUACUGCUGAUGGUAACAGGACUGUAUUCUGAUCGUUGCAAAGGGCGAAUGACUGCACUCGUACGUUUAACGUUUACCAGAGCUCUUUGCUUACGCAUGAAGGAUGAAGGAAGGUCUCUUGUUCUCACACUGCCUUAUAUUCUCACACAGUGCAUCCUAAAUAGACUCAGUGUUCUUUAAAAAAUUUACAAAGUAACUCUUUACAAUAAGGUUACAUUAAAACUGUCUUACGCUGUCCAUAAGUCACUGAUUAGCAGCAACUGAUGUUGUACAUUGAGCAUUUGCUUAGACACAGCAUCGGAUUUAGUAUUUACCGCUGUGAAAUAUUAACUUUACAUCUACUACACAGUAGUUUAUAAACUAAUUUAUUAACUAAACUAUAUGGCCAAAAAUAUGUGGUUGUGCGACUAUGAGUUUGGCAUCCCCUUCCAAAACCAUGAGCAAUAAUAGAUUCCAUUCCCCCCACAGCUUAAACCCAAUUCACUUCACCUGCUGCUUACUUAACAUGGUGCAACAUGGUGUAGUAUUUAAGUUCUUUACUUUUUGCCCCAUGGGUUUACUCCUGUAGUUUAACUUUGUGUAAAUUGUGGUAAUUUAAUUAACUGUAUAAAAGGAGUUAUUAGAUUAUUUAGAAGCUAAAUGCUUAAUACCUAAUUGAUCACUUUGCACCAACCAAGAUUAAAGAAUCACUCAUUCAUCCAGUUCAUCACUUAUCUACUUAGUUACAGCGUGCACAGUCAGUGAUGUAUGAAUAGCGUAAUGCACUGUUAAUGACAGCAAUUAUGUACUGUGUUUAGAAUAAAAAAUAUUCUGUAAAGUAUUUUCAGUAUUAUUGUAAAUAGUCAUUUUUAAAGUCGUUCUUACAUUUCUGUCUCAUUUGUAAGAUGCACCAACAUAUUAUAAACCCUGGUUUUAAUCAUAAGUUGGUUCUAGCCUGGAGAAGCUUUUGCUUAUAUAAAUAGGAUUUAAAUCCAUCCAUGUCUUCUUCUUUUGUUUGAAUCUGUACCCAUUUUUUAUGAAAUCAGGUUUAGCUGAAUCAGGAACAGACACUGAUGUUUAUAUACAGUAUAAAUAUAUGAUUAUGUAUGUGACUAUAUUUCCCGCUUGUGGGAAACAGCCAGUAUAAUUUUAUUGUACCCAGCAUAGUACUGUAUUAUGUAAAUUAAUGAUAAACUUUAUGCUGUUUAUGCUACAAUGUACAUGUAUUGUGUCUUUUA